CCCAAGCCCGAACUUUAGUCGUUUGCGGGUUGCUGUUUGGUGCAGAGCAGCGUUUUGGGGUGCUGCUGGCGUCCUACGACGCCGCGGCGGCGGCCGGGCCGCCGCCCAGGUCGCAAUCAAUUCACCGAAAUAACUCCUAAGAUGGAUAAACGCUCUAGUCUCGAGGCGACUGGGCCUCCCUGCGCGCCACAGGCUGUGUCGGCCGCGUCGCUGGCCACGGCAACCGUUACUGCACGGAAGACUUUCGACGUUGCGCAGUUAUCGUCUGCAAACGCUGCAUUGCUGCGGCGCAAGCGCUGGGGUUUGAAUUGGGCGGCAAAGGCUGGGAUUUGGUUUGUGGUGCUGGUGCUGCUCAUGACGCGCGCCCGCGCACCGCGUGGACGCGGCGGUGGUCGCGGUGAUCGCGGCGGACGCGGCGGACGCGGCGGACGGGGACGCGGCCGCGGCCGCGGCGAUGGCUUGACGAGCGAUCGGCGUCCCGCCAGAAAAGCUGCUCCUCAACCCGGCGAUUACAGCCAUCUAUUAAGAGAAAUGCCCAUCGGCAUUGAAAAAGGCCCACGACAUCAUACUCGUAAGUAUGCCUUGUCUGCCCGGGAGCGGACCGCGAAGUGGCAUGAGGCGAGGGACCGGCUCGCCGUCGUCAGGCAGGCUCACGACGAGGCCUGGGCCCGCGGAGGCGCUGCCGCCGUCGCUGAGUUGAGAAGCGGAGGCAUGGAGUCGGUGGACGCCGCGUUCGCGAAGGAGCGCGCGCUCCACGCGGCCGCGCCCAGGGGCGAGGCAGCGGCGAAGACCCACCGGCGUAAGACGGCGCACGCGAGUGCUGCCGCGGAGGUUUCGCGAUUAGAAGCCGACGCGGCCGGUUCGGGUCGCUGUACGGCUGCACGGGCUGGUCGCCGAGCUGCGGCGAAGGCGUUGCCGGCGGCGCGAGACGCCGCGGAGGAGGCACACGCGGCACUGCCUUCCGUGAUGGCGACUGCGGCGACGAAGCGGCGCCGGGCGAAACGGAAAGACAGGGUGGUCGCGGCGGCGGCCGUGUUAGAUGUGCUCGUGGCGGCCGAGCCUCCGGAUCGCGAGACGCGCGAUGGGCGGCGCGAGGCUCUUGCUCGAAGCCGCCAGCUCGAGGCGGCGCGCGAGGACGUCGCCGCGGCGGAGGACGCCGUGCUGUCUCCCGAGCAGCGGCGGCGGCGCGACGCCACGACGCGGAUCCCGGUGCUCGAGGCGCUCCUCGAGGAGCUGCGGGACGAUAACUCAGCGGCGGGACUCGUGCGAUCCCUCGCCGUGCAACGCGAGCUGGCCAACGCGCGGCGGGACGCGCUGUCGGACCACCAGCGGCGGCGCGCCGACGCCCUGGCGCGCGCCGAGGCGGCGAGGAGGCGCCGCGACGUCGCCGAGGCGGGCGACGACGAGGAGGAGAAGGCGGCCGCGCGCGCGGCCCUCGCCGCGGCGGAGGAGGAGGCCGUGCCGCGGACGACGCGGGGCCGUAGAAAGCGCGAAGACGCCGCGGACGCGCGUCUCGCGGUGGCCAAGGCGCGCCACGCGGCCGCCGUUGAGGGCGGCGACGAUGCUGCGCUGGCCGCCGCGAGCGCGACGCUGGCCAUUGCGACGGCGGAGGCCGUGCCGCGGCAGACGCGGGUUUACAGGGAACGCCGCGCGACCGCGGCCGCGGCCGACGCGUUAGUUAGGGAGUUGGAGGCGCGGGGCCUGGGCGAGGAGGACUCGGAGUUGCUGGGGGCGCGCGCGGCCGCGGCGGCUGCGAGGGGUCGGACCCAAGCUGUUUGUAGGAGACGACGGGUCGAGAGACUGCUCGCGGAAGGGAUGAGGGCGAAGGAGAAGUACGAUUCUCUCGUCGCGCGGGGCGUGCGGGGUGCGGCGGCCGAGCGCGCCUUCGGCGCGAUGUGCCAGACUUUGCGCAAGACGGCGAAGGGCGCGCGGCGGUUGGCUUCGUUAGUGGACGCGGCGACGACGCAUGCGUCGCCGCGGCAGCUGGAGUCCGAGUACCGGACGUUGCUAGAUGCGUGCAAGGCGGAGCUGCGGCGCGUGUUCGGGCAGACGACGCUCCCCGUCUACGUGGGCCUCGCGGGCGACGCUUGGUGGGAGGAUGAGGUACAGCGCGUCGCGCUCCGGUCGUCGUGGCGCUGGCGGCUGUUUCUCGAGGAGGACGAGGACCUCGAGCCGACGGAUCGUCGACCUGUUCCGCUCCGCGGCACGCGCCUGGCCUCGACGGCCCACAAGUCGAUCGCCGGGCGCCUCGAGCGGGCCCUCCACGCCUGGGCGGCGCGCCACUGGCCCGACCGCGUCCUGCACUUCGCGAUCGCGGCGGGCGGCAGCUUCGCGGACGUCGCGGCGCACGCCGUCUAUAUGGCCGUGCCGGACGCGCCCGCCGACGUGGUCGUCCACGUGCGGUCGCCGGUCGUCGCGCCCGAGGAGGCGGACGAGGACGAGGAGCCGACGCGGCCGCUGACGGACUUCAGCGACGACGUGCCGCCGCCGCUCGAGGCCACGGCCACGGACGACGACGUCGACGAGAAGCUGGUGCGGGGCACGGCCCUCGGCCACAGGCGGCCGUACGUCGUGAAGACGACCGGCUGCAGCGUCGUGUGCCGCUGGGCCGGCUCGCUCGCGUCGUUCGCGGCCGGCGCCACGUCUUCGACGUGUGACUUCUGCGAGACGCCGAAGGAGGCCCAGGCCCUGGCGCGGGCUCGGGUCGCGGAGAAGAUCCGCGGCCCCUACGAGCGCGUCGUGUCGUUGGAUGGCGCGGCGGCGGGGCCGGCGUCCGCGCCGGUGCCGUACCCGUUUCCGCCGGCCCCGACGACGCCC